AUGCUCAAUAUAUUCAAAUCUAUCUCUUUCACUGUUCAUAUCUAUCUAUCUAUCUAUCUAUCUAUCUAUCUAUCUAUCUAUCUAUCUUGCUCAGUAUAUUCAAAUCUAUCUAUCUAUCUAUCUAUCUAUCUAUCUAUCUAUCUAUCUAUCUAUCUAUCUAUCUUGCUCACUGUAUGCAAAUAUAUCUUGCUCACUAUAAAUCUAUCUAUUUAUCAAUCAUACUCAAUAUAUUCAAAUCUAUCUAUCUUGUUCCGCAUAUUGAAAUCUAUCUAUCUAUCUAUCUAUCUAUCUAUCUAUCUAUCUAUCUAUCUAUCUAUCUCAUAUUUUGUAAUCUAUCUAUCUAUCUAUCUAUCUAUCUAUCUAUCUAUCUAUCUAUCUCAGUCUAUUCAUAUCUAUCUAUCUAUCUACCUAUCUAUCUAUCUCAGUCUAUAUAAGUCUAUUCAUAUCUAUCUAUCUAUCUAUCUAUCUAUCUAUCUAUCUAUCUAUCUUACUCAGUAUAUUCAAAUCUAUCUAUCUAUCUAUCUAUCUAUCUAUCUUAUCUCAGUCUAUUUAUAUCUAUCUAUCUAUCUAUCUAUCUAUCUAUCUAUCUAUAUAUCUAUUCUAUUCUAUUCUAUUUGCUUCAGUCUACCUAUCCCUUUCCCAGUCACCAGCUGGCGCUGUGAUCGUCAACCUGCUUUCCUUCCGCCCGUCCCACUCUUAUCCAGUUUUUUUUUGUUGCUGUUAAUAUCUAUCUAUCUAUCUAUCUAUCUAUCUAUCUAUCUAUCUAUCUAUAUAUCUAUCUUAUAUAUAUUUCAUAUCUAUCUAUCUAUCUAUCUAUCUAUCUAUCCUAUCUAUCUUAGUCAAUUUCAUAUCUAUCUAUCUAUCUUAUCAAUUAUAUCUAUCUAUCUAUCUAUCUCAUCUAUCUUAGUCAAUUCAUCGAAGGACAUCUAUCUAUCUAUCUAUCUUAGUCAAUUCACAUCUAUCUAUAUCUAUCUAUCUAUCUAUCUUAUCAAUUCAUAUCUAUCUAUCUAUCUAUCUAUCUAUCUAUCUAUCUAUCUAUCUAUCUAUCUUAGUCAAUUCACAUCUAUCUAUCUAUCUAUCUAUCUAUCUAAAAUAUAUCCAUCUAUCUUAGUCGGUUUUUCAUCUAUCUAUCUAUCUAUCUAUCUAUCCAUCCAUCUAUCUAUCUUAGUCAAUCCCAUAUCCAUCUAUCUAUCUAUCCAUCUAUCUAUCUUAGUCAAUUCAUAUCCAUCCAUCUAUCCAUCUAUCCAUCUAUCUAUCUAUCUAUCCAAAAUUGGUCACAUCAUAUCUAUCUAUCCAUCCAUCUAUCCAUCUAUCCAUCUAUCUAUCUUAGUCAAUCCACAUCCAUCUAUCUAUCUUAGUCAAUUCUUAUCCAUCUAUCUAUCCAUCUAUCCAUCCAUCCAUCUAUCUAUUCUCCAUGCAUAUCCACAUUCAAUUCCAUCUAUCUAUCUAUCUAUCUAUCUAUCCAUCUUAGUCAAUCAUAUCCAUAUCUAUCCAUCUAUCUAUCUAUCUUAUUUCAAUUCAUAUCUAUCUAUCUAUCUAUCUAUCUAUCUCAUCUUUCAUAUCUAUCCAUCUAGAAAAUCUAUCUAUCCUAAAAUAUCAAAUCCAUUCAUAUCUAUCUAUCUAUCUAAUCAAUCUAUCUAUCUAUCUAUCUAUCUUAUCAAUCAUAUCUAUCUAUCUAUCUUAGUCAAUUCAUAUCCAUCUAUCUAUCUUAUCAGUCAAUUUCAGUCUAUUUAUCUAUCUAUCUAUCUAUCUAUCUAUCUAUCUACCUUAGUCAAUUCAUAUCUAUCUAUCUAUCUAUCUAUCUUAGUCAAUUCAUAUCUAUCUAUCUAUCUAUCUAUCUAUCUAUCUAUCUUAGUCAAUUCAUAUCUAUCUAUCUAUCUAUCUAUCUACCUUAGUCAAUUCAUAUCUAUCUAUCUAUCUAUCUACCUUAGUCAUUUCAUAUCUAUCUAUCUAUCAUCUAUCUAUCUAUCUAAAAAAAAUCAAUUCAUAUCUAUCUAUCUAUCUUAUUUCAAUUUCAUAUCUAUCUAUCUAUUUUAUCAAUUCAUAUCUAUCUAUCUAUCUAUCUAUCUAUCUAUCUAUCUAUCUAUCUAUCUAUCCCAUUUUUCUUCUUCUUCUUCUUCUUCUUUUUCUUCUUCUAGUUCUUCUUCUUCUUCCUCUUGUUGUUGUUCGUCUUCUUCUUCCUCCUUUCUUCUUCUUCCUCCUCCUUCUUCUUCUUCUUCUAGUUCUUUUCUUCCCCUUCUUGUUAUUGUUGUUGUUCUUGUUCUUCUUUUCCUCCUCUUCCUCCUUCUUCCUCCUCCUUCUCUUCCUCCUUCUCUUUAUCCUUCUUCUUGUUCUUCUUUUCCUCCUCCUUCCUCCUCCUCCUUUUUCUUCUUCUUUUCCGCCUCCUUCUUCUUCUACCUCCUCAUCCUCCUCCUUCUUCUUCUUCUAGUUCUUUUCUUCCCCUUCUUGUUAUUGUUGUUGUUCUUGUUCUUCUUUUCCUCCUCUUCCUCCUUCUUCCUCCUCCUUCUCUUCCUCCUUCUCUUUAUCCUUCUUCUUUUUCUUCUUUUCCUCCUCCUUCCUGAAAUUUUUUUUCUUCUUCUUCUUCUUCUUCUUUUUUCCUCCUUUCCUUUUGUUCUUCUUCUCCUUCUUCUUCUUUUCCUCCUCCUUCCUUCUUCUUCUUCUUCUUCCUGCCGUGUCCCUUUACGACGUUCUUGGUUCUUCACAAUAUCAUGGCUUCUGUAG